AUGAUCGAUCUAAAAACGCUAUGGUGGCAAGAAGAAACAGAGUUCAUCUUCAAAUUUCUGUCUAAUGUUGUAAAAUUAGCAAUUAUAGUAGAUGGGCUGGCGUUUGUGCUUCAUUGAAUACUUGGAUUUCCCAGCUGAAAGGCAACCUUUAUUCCAGUGAUGGCAUGCCACUUCUUAAUUGCUAUCCUUAUUUGAAUAAAGCCAUGAAAAAAAACAAUCCAUAAAAGCAUUAUUCUAAUAAUCGUUACAGAGUAUUGAAAUAUCAUUUUUUUAUGUUUUUCUUGAACUUAUAAAACUGAUUCCAGAUGCUUAUUUGAAUUAUGCAGUUUAUUUACUCGAUUCCAUGUUCAAUUUCCUAGUAUAAAGUCAAGAUGGCUUUUCAAUGCAGUGAUGAUUAAUCAUAUCUAUAUUUGGCACAUACACAAUCUGUUAGAUAGCAAAAAUAUAGAAUUAUCUAUUCUUAUUCCAUUGAUGAGGAUUCUAAUUCUCAUAUUUAUGUCAAACAAAUGGCAUGAAUAUAUAUUAAGUGUUUCUUUUGAGCGGUUUUGCGCAAGAAAAGAGCUAGAAACAAUGUCGAAUAAGCUGAAUUCAAUAGCCAGAGCCUGCUUUGAUGGGAUAUUAAUAGUCUCCCAAUGCGAAAAAAUAGAUUUUUUGAACAGCAGAUUACUGGAACUUUUGGACGCAUCUUCACAUGAGGUCUACUCCAUAACGACUAUUUUUUUUUGGCCUAUUUUUUUUUGGCCUAUUUUUUUUGGCCUAUUUUUUUUGGCUAUUUUUUUGGCCUAUUUUUUUUGGUCUAUUUUUUCUGUCGAGGAUAAUUCAUGAAGCUGCUGAGAGACUAAAUAAUUUAUUGGGUAACGGAUGUAUUUCCUUACACGAUUAAUAUUGAGUAAAUUAAGUGGAAAAUCCAUACAUAAAAUGGCCGGACACUAGUGACCCGUCCUUCCGUGGCGGGUGUCCUUAUGUAUACCGGACAUGGUUUUUGGAUGCGGAGAGCUACUCAAGGGGAGAGUUAGCCUCGAGGCGAGAGGCCCAGCCCAAUUUCCGCUGAUUUUGGGACUUGACCCGGGCAGCAGUUUUUCGCAUUUUUUUGCUAGUAGUGCCGAGGCCCAGACUCGGUGUCCGAAGGAGGCAGGGUGAGUUACCUGCCUAGGCUACUUGGUGGCUUAGCCCCGAAUCCCGCAAGGGGUUGAGUUUUUUCUUGGAGAUGAUCCAGGAAAGAGGGGAGGCGAAGCUCGACUCAGAACUCAAGGGCGCAAGUCUCUCCAGUUAAAAGGGUCCUCUCACGAGGGCGAUCUGGCCAACCGGAGGCAAAGACUGGCGUAAUUUUGGGCGGAAGGCUGAGCUGGAAAUGGUGGUGCCCAGCGACAGUCGGCUGACGACUCAAUAGGGCAACCCACUACCGAGAAACCAGGGGUUUCGGCCUGGGCUCAGAGAACCAGUGAUGGAAGUACAUCCUUUUCGCUCGUGCCAGCACGGCUCCCCAAGGAGCGCGGAGGAAUGCCACGCAUGGAAGUAGGGACUAUAAAGACACAUCUUAAAUCUAAUUUAAUCUAAUCUAAGUGGAAAAAUCCUAAUUAAAUUUAAAAUUCUCGAAAUUUAAAAAGUAAUGAAUUAGCAAAAAAAAAAUAGGCCAAAAAAAAUAGGCCAAAAAAAAUAAGCCAAAAAAAAAUAGGCCAAAAAAAAUAGACCAAAAAAAAUUAGGCCAAAAAAAAUAGGCCAAAAAAAAUUAGGCCAAAAAAAAUAGGCCAAAAAAAAAAUAGUCUUUAUGGAGUAGACCUCGUGUGAAGGAACCCGUUUGGAGGCAACUUCUGAUGGGCUGUACACAUUUUUAACUAGAAUUGAAUACUGCAAAGACAGAAAAGCCUCAACUUUUACUUCAUCAAAUAAGCUAAUUGAUGAUAUUAAUUUUUUAUUCAAUGACCCACAUCAAGAAGAAAUAACCCUUGGCAUCACACUUAUUAAUACUUUGCAUUUAGAAUGAAAAGUAAGGAGCAUUACUUGAGAAGAAAAGCCUGCGAUUUUUUUGGUAGUCAGAAAUGUAAAUAAAAUAAUUGAAUUGGAGAACAAUAUAGCAAACAAUAAAUUGAAAAAUUUCAUUUUCAGGUCUGCAUCACAUGAACUUAAAACCCCAUUGAAUUCUAUUAUAUAUUUCACAAAAGAGGUUAUGGGAAAUCUUAUGAUUUCACAGCCUUUAGAUGACAUGAUAAAAAAACUUAAAAUUGUUUCGAUUUCUAGCAAUGUUAUGUUAACGCUUAUUAAUGAUCUCCUUGAUUAUUCAAAAAUUUUAUCGGGCGUUUUUAAAGUUCAAAAGCAAUUUUGUGGGCUAAAUCUUCUGAUUCAGAAUGUUUUUGAGCUGAUGCAACCACAGUCAGAUAGAAAAGGAUUAAUUUUUAUAACUCUGUCUUUUGACAAAAUUACUUCAUUAUUUCAUUUAGUUAGUUUUGUUCUAGUAAUUUAAAUUUUAGAAUAUAGAUGCUAAAUUAUUUAAUUAGAUAAAUAAUUUUUUUUUCGAAAGUGUAAGUAGAAUUGAUCCUUCCAUCCCAAAAGAAAUUUUCAUAGAUCCUGUGAGAUUUGGGCAAAUUCUGUUAAACUUGGUUAAUAAUGCUGUAAAAAACACAAUAAAAGGCAAGAUAGAAAUUUCUUGUAUCAUGACCACAAGAAACACUAUGAAAUGCUGCGUUGAAGAUACAGGAAUUGGAAUUAGCCAGCAUAUAUUAAGCAAUAUCAUUAGCUCUUCUCUCCAUUAGCAAUCACUAUUUUUCUUUCUUAUUGAGGGAUCUUUUUAUUAAAUUUAAAACAAUAAUUUCCAAAAAUUUAAAGUAUAAGAUUAUGUUUUACUCCCAUCCUUAAGCGAACAAAAUUAUUGUAAAAAUCUAUAUUUUUUGAUCAAAACCUACUCUCUAUGAGCGAAAACAAUUUUUAUUAAAAAAACAGUUGAUAUAUGAUAAUUAGUGUAAUGAAUUCUCUAGCUAAUUCAGUUAAAUUUUAAACAGUUUGCAUUUAAACAUAAAUUUUACAAAUUAAAGUAAUUUUUACCUUCCAUUUAACUUUUUAACAGUUAGAAAAAAAAUACUAUAAAAUUUAUAUUAAAAAAAAAUUAAAUCCCUCCUUGAGGGAAUAAAGGUUUUUUGUUCUCUCAUAAAUGAUUGGAGUUAGAAUAAUAAUUAGCUAGAUAUUUCUUUAUAUCAACUAUUACUUAUAUUUCAAACUAUUGUAUAAACGCUCGGAGUAGUUUUUAUAUUUUAAAAAAUAGAGCUUUCCAUUGUUUGCUUGCUCUAGAGAGAGAUUAAGGAUUUUGAAUCUAGCAGCAUCAUAUAUUCCUGCGCGAAAGAGGUCGGACUUGGCUUAGGAAUAUCUAACUUGCUAGUUAAGCAAUUAGGGGGUAAAUGCAUUAAGGCAAAAUCAAAAAUGGGUAAAGGCUCUAAAUUCAGUUUUGAUAUAGAGAUUUUCGAAGAAAGUAUAAAUGCAUUUGAUUUCGAAAAACACUAUUUUAAGCCUGCCAGCGAAGAUAUUAACAUUGAAAUGGUUACCAAAAUUAGAGAAUUUAAAAAAUCUCAAAAGCAUGAUAUUUUGGUUGUUGAUGACUCAGAAUUCAAUUUACAAAUAGUAGCAUCUGUUUUAAAGAACUAUGAAAUGUCUUUUUCAGAAGCCUUAAAUGGAAGAAUUGCUUUAGAAAAAAUAAUAGAAGAAGAUCUAAGAAAUAUUCCUUAUAAAGUCGUUAUUAUGGAUUGUGAUAUGCCUGAAAUGAACGGAUGAGAAGCCACAAAGCGGAUUCAUCAGCUGUAUAGUGAAGGAAGAAUUAAAAAUCUACCGAAAGUUAUUGGAUAUUCAGCCUAUACCUCUGAUGAAGAUAUAAAACUCUGCUUUGAUAGUGGGAUGAUUGGGUAUUUACCAAAGCCUUGUCCUCCUGACGACAUAAUCAAAGCUAUUGUUAAAUAUUUGUAUUAUGCUCUAUAUAAAUUCAGCACAAUAAUAUAGCGUAUCCACGCUGGUAGAUCGCUAUAAUUUCAACGUCUCCCGGGAUGAUCAGAGGGCUGGUGAAACCCACCCUUGAAAUAAUAAAUCCCCUAAAUAUGCCAUUUAAGAAGGUUAAUUUAGCAAAGAUUUGCUUGUUAAACCAACACUCUGAUCGUUUCGGGAGAUAUCAGGAUCAUAGUGACUCAUGAGUGUGGAUGAGCUAUAUUUACAGACUGCAAAGCUGUUUCAUAAAUAAAAUGGCAUUCGGUUCGAGAGAAAUUAGCUUUGCUAAUUUUCUCUCCCUCAUGGAAUUUUAUUUAUGGGGUUAGGUUUUCACUCGAGAACUUCUGGACAGCAAUAGCGGUUUAACUCUGGGGAUAACCAGAGGAACUGCUCCUCAGUCCUCUCAAGAUUUCGGGCUUUUACCUCUCAGCACAUCUCCACGGGAAGAUGGCCCUCAGGCGGAACACGCGCAGGAGCUGAGUCGAGGCAAGGGCGACAGCAUCGCGCCGGGUGAGAAGUGUAGCAAGGCUGGUGAAGCAGGAGUUGUAGAAUGGCUUGGGCAGGACUGACCUGUUCCAAGAUGGCUCGCCUACGUCACUAGUUUUGCCAUAGGCCCUUUUGGGCUGCGGCACUAGACACCUUAAACACCAGAUAACUAAGUAAGUAAGUAAGUAAGUAAGUAAGCAAAGCUGUUUCUAAUAAAUUUGGAUAUUGGCCAUAUUUCUUUGCAGUUAAAUUUAUAAUACACUAGAUUAA